CUUGAGAUUGCGUGUGCAUGCGUAGAUGUGGUAAUGGAGUAGAAUAAUCUACUCACAGGGGGGUUUAGUUAGCAAGCUGCCUUUUAUCUGUUACACCGCGACACGCUGUUAUUGAUUGGCUGCAAACCAUUUCAAACAUAGGGGAAACGACUUCUUAUUUUACCGAGUGCAGGUGGGGCCACCACUUAGUUUAAGGAUGAAUGACAUGGUUUCUCAAAACCAUGGUUCCAAAGGAAUCAUGACGUUUUAUCCAACUGUUGAGGAAUUCAAGAAUUUCAGCCGCUACAUUGCAUAUAUGGAGUCCAAGGGAGCACAUAAGGCGGGUUUGGCAAAAAUUGUACCACCAAAGGAUUGGAGACCACGCCGUUCUUAUGAUGACAUAGACGAUUUGGUGAUUCCAGCACCCAUUCAGCAGGUGGUGACUGGCCAGUCAGGCCUUUUCACACAGUACAACAUACAGAAGAGAGCUAUGACUGUCAGGGAAUUUCGCAAGAUUGCCAACAGUGACAAGUUCUGUAGUCCACAUUAUGAUGAUUUUGAGGAACUGGAAAGGAAAUACUGGAAAAAUGUCACAUUUAAUCCUCCAAUUUAUGGGGCAGAUGUUAAUGGAACCUUGUAUGACCCGGAUGUCAAAGAGUGGAAUAUUUGCCACUUGGGCACCAUUCUGGAUACCGUGGAACGUGACAACGGUAUCACCAUUGAAGGGGUUAAUACACCUUACUUGUAUUUUGGCAUGUGGAAGACCACAUUUGCAUGGCACACGGAAGACAUGGACCUCUAUAGUAUCAAUUACCUGCACUUUGGAGAGCCCAAGUCAUGGUACUGUAUUUCCCCAGAACAUGGAAAAAGACUUGAGCGUCUGGCUAAAGGGUUUUUUCCUGGUAGUUCUCAAAACUGUGAGGCAUUUUUAAGGCAUAAAAUGACUCUUAUUUCUCCAUCAAUACUGAAGAAAUAUGGCAUUCCGUUUGAAAAGAUUACCCAGGAAGCUGGUGAGUUCAUGGUCACCUUCCCCUAUGCAUAUCAUGCUGGUUUCAACCAUGGUUUCAACUGUGCGGAGUCCACCAAUUUUGCCACUGAGAGAUGGAUUGAGUAUGGCAAGCAGGCAGUUUUGUGCUCAUGCCGUAAAGAUAUGGUGAAGAUUUCAAUGGAUGUAUUUGUCAAGAAAUACCAGCCUGAUCGCUAUGAACAGUGGCUUACAGGACGAGAUACGGCACCCAUCGACCACUCACGGCCGACCCCAGAAGCUAAGGAGUUUUUGGGUGACACCUUCAAUGAGAUCAGCAGGACCAAUAACAGUAACUCCAAUGAAAGCUGUGGGGAGGAUGGAGAAAGAAAGAGCACACAGAGGAUAGAGACCAAGAGACACCGCGUGUGUCUGGAGGUGCCCGAGGAAGUUGUUCCCAAGGAGGAAGAUGAUGCUGAGCAGUAUGGAAAGCGCCCCAGGCUAAGUCUUAUACCUCCAAGAGCUACAACACAAGAUGGCAGGAGAAACAAAGGUCCUCCAAAGUUGGUUGUCACACCAACCAAACUGACUCUGAUGGAUCCAUUUCACAGGGGCUUAUCCCAGAGUAACAGCGAGGGUAGUCGUCCACAUCAUUAUACCAAGACCCGCGCACCGGCAAUCUCAUCUGAGUCUAAGCAUAGAAAUGGGCACCUUUCGGUUCAAGUAGGACCCACAUGGACAGAGGCCACUGCUCAGCCAGUCCGUAAAAUGGGGGUGGCCAGUCUACUCUUUCACAGGACUUUGAGCCCAAAAGAUGCUCUCCAAGUGCACAGCUACACUUUGGAGAAGCAGCGGCAGCCUCACACACAGCUCCAGGUGCACAGUUAUGCCAGGGAGCACCAGCCGCGUCACCUUCAGCCCAAAACCUGUACAAACGCAGAGGUUCACUGUGCAUCUGAGGAUCCACGCUGUGACAAAAUCAAGUCACAACCUGAUUCUAAAAUCAUUCUUAACGAAGUCAUAAAUAAUGUAUCAGAAGAACAGGACCCUGUGGCGCAGGACCAAGAUGAGGCUGAACCCAAAGUGGCGAUACCCAUUGAAGUUCCGGCUGACAAGGAAACGCUCAAAGUCGAUGCUACCAGCAAGGUUGCACUGCUCCAGACCCCAGUGCAUAAUCAAGACACCAGGGACGAGGGGGCUCAAAAAACCAAGAAACGGAAGAGUAACCAAUGUCCAUUGGUGGAUAGUGACUCUGAGACCCUGAACAACUCCGCUUCUGUCAGGCAACCAGUUCAUGAAGAGAUGAAAGUGAUUCCUCAGAAUCAUCGCGUGACGGAAGAACAAUCAUAUUGCAAGUCAGUGGGCAAAAAGCAGGUGCAAGAGGCACAGCUUUGUAAGCUGCCUCGCCAUCACCCUCUCAUCAGAGAGGUGCACAGUGAUGACGAUAUGUAUGCAGAUGUAGAGGUAGAGCAAGAAGAGAAGGAGGAGUGGGCAAAGCCUCUAACCCAGCUAUGGCAGUGUCGACCAUGUGACCCCCAUGUGGAGUGGGAAUAUAACAAAACCAUGGGCCAGCUGGCCCCUUACUGCUCAAUUUGUCUGCUUUUCCACACCUACCAGCAGUCUGAAUCGAGCACUGGAAGCUCCAGUGGGAUGUUGGUGAACCGUCCAGGUGGACGCCAGUGGUCCAAACCGCUCAUCCCUGAGAUGUGUUUCAACACCCAUUCUAAUAAAGUGAAUGACAGUGGGGAGGGACAGCUUUCUAAUCCUCAUGUAGAGGAGGAUGGGACCAGCCGCUUGGUCAGCUGUGCUCAGUGCUUCGUUCGUGUGCAUACAAGUUGCUACGGGGUGUCCGGAGAUGAAGAGGAGCUAGAUGACUGGCUCUGUGCCCGAUGCGCAGCGGACGCCAUCACUGAGGACUGCUGUCUUUGUUCUCUGAGAGGUGGAGCUCUACAGAGGGCCAAUAAUGACAAAUGGGUUCAUGUGCUGUGUGCAGUCACUGUGCUGGAAGCACGCUUUGUCAACAUCACCGAGCGGAGCCCCAUCGACCUCUCUGCCAUCCCAUUGCCACGUUUCAAACUGAAAUGUGCCUACUGCAGAAAACGAAUGAAGAGGGGAGUGAAGGGCUGCUGUGUCCAGUGUUCCCACGGGCGUUGCUCCACAGCGUUUCAUCCCACCUGUGCUCAGGCUGCCGGUGUUCUCAUGCAUCCGGACGACUGGCCAUUCGUAGUCUUCAUCACCUGCCACAGACAUAGAACUCCUGUCAUACCUGAGCGGAACAAGGCCUCCAUGCGAGAGCUGAUGGCAGGCCAGAAAGUGAUCUGCAAAUACAAGAACGGCCGUUACUACCACAGCGAAGUGGCAGAGCUGACCACAGCCACGUUUUACGAAGUGGUGUUUGAUGACGGCUCAUACAGUGACAAUCUUUUCCCAGAGGACAUAGAGAACCGUGACUGCAUUCGCCUUGGCCCGCCUUCAGAAGGCGAAGCUGUUCAAGUGAGAUGGACAGAUGGGUUGAUCUAUGGCGCCAAGUUUGUAAAGUCACACUCCAUCCCUAUGUACUUGGUUGAGUUUGAGGAUGGAUCUCAAAUCACAGUCAAAAGAGAAGAUAUUUACAGUCUAGAUGAGGAUUUGCCCAAACGAGUCAAGUCCCGCCUGUCAGUGGCGUCAGACAUGCGCUUUGAGCUCUUCACACAGAAGGACGUCAAACAGACCUCCAAAAGGCAACGAGUCAUCAACUCGCGGUACAGAGAGGACUACAUCGAGCCCGUCAUCUACCGAGCCAUCAUGGAGUGACUUCUGCUGAGCUCCAGAUCAUUUCCUUUUUCAUUUCUGGCCUGUGCUAAUAGGAACAACCACCCUUUACAGUUCUUCCAAGCCCUCUCAGGCUCCAUUUUCUUUUAAAACUACGGCUGGGACUUCAAUUGACUUGUGUGUACUUAAAAUAUCUUUUAUUUUAUUUCAGUUUUCCAUAAUUGUCUGUAUAUAUAUUUUUAUUUCUUUCGCUCUCACAGGAAGAAGCCAUCAGUCAGUUAUUAAAGGCUAAAGGCAGGGUUAAUUAACAGGGGGAAGAUGCUUUCAUUUUCUACCACUUUACUCAUAUUUUACACAGUACACAGCUUGGACAAUUUGGACAAUUCUUUUAGAUGAUGUUUCUUCUGUAAUUGACGCACACUUGUUUAUUUUCUUAAUUUAAUUACAAAAAUAUAUUCCCAUCAAGAAAAUUGGGGUGGACUUUUUUAAAGACUCGUACUGUUUAAUUCUAGACUUUGAACCAAGUAGCUGUUGAGGUCAUUUCUUUCCCUCAGCAGUUUGUGUAAUUAAGAACCGUGUUAAAUUAUUACCCAAAGAACUGACAUUUUCAUAAGCAAAAUCCUCAGAUUGUAUGUUUUACUCACGUUAUUAGGUUGUGAUGUAUCUUCAUGUCGUUCAUAUUCCUCCAUGUAUAUCACGGUGCAUCUACGUUUUUAGGUUGAGAAAGUUUCUUCGGCCUAAGCCUUACAAUUCAAAGGGCCAAGUUUGUCUUUCUGUUUUUGCUUCUUUUUUUUUUUUUAGGACGAACCAAGAAGUAAUGUAAAUAAUAUUGUUACACUUUAUUUAUGAAAGUGCAUCACAUUUGAGAAAAAAGCUAUUUUUGGCACGUCCUUUUCACAAUAUGUAGAAAACCUCAGAUGUAUUUAUAUUUAUUAUGAUAGUAGGGUUGCAGAUGUGUCGUUUAAAAUUGGAGGUUUUUCCUUUGCUGGUUAUUGGAACGUGAGAAUGACCAGGCCCAAGGUUCUCCUAAAACAAAAGCACUUAUAGUUUCCUUUGUUUUUCAGAAUAUUUAGCAUUUGGUGGAUUUAGCUCCUCCAACAAGUUUAGAUUGUGUGUUUCAAAGCUUUAGAAAACUAGCUGUAGAGAACCUGAUUUCGGGUCAUAGCGUGGAGCCCCCAUAAUCCUGACAUUGAUUUUAAAAGUUAUUUUUUACACAUUUUUGUCGUAUCUGCUUUAAAAUAGCCAUGUGAAGGAUUAUGAAAAGUUAUGGUAAUGGGUGCAGACCCUCUUUAAUUUUUUCAACUGCCCAUUGCUACUGUUAUGUCGGAUAUUUUUUUGGGUCUGUCUUCGUAGCUGCAUUAAACCUGUGCACUAUUUGUAAACGCCAACUGUUUGAGUAAAGUUUGGGUUAAGAAAAAGUGCUUCUUUUCAUUUGCUUUCUUCAAGGGAAACCACCCUCACCACAUUGGCAGUGAAAGCAAAAUACCAGCGUUCUGCAUUGACAGUUUGUGUGUGUGUCAGCUUUUUUGUUUUUUUCCCAAUCUCAACAGGUUUGUUAUUUGCUGUCAUCAGCAGCCUGAGUGCCUGCAGCUGUUUCAAAGCAGGAUGGGCUUUGUAGAUCUCUGCCCUGCCUUCCAGCCAUUUCCUGCACAAACUUUUAAGACAUCUGUUUUUUUAGCUCUAGUACAUAAUGUCCUGGGGUUUAACAGGAGAAUUAAAGAUAUAUUUUG